GUUCCACAUGAGCGAACAACUGCUAAAGAGCGGCAGCGCGUGUUUUAUCGUAGCUUGAGCACGUCAAGAAAAAAAAAGGAGAAAAAGAAAAGAAAAGACAGCCCAGACUUUUUCCUCCUUUGGAAAUAUUACUGUGGCCUCUUGUUUCGCGUCUGACCUCUUAUCUGUGUGACGGAAAUAAGAGGUUGCCGGUCGUAGUAUGAGGCUAAAGGGCUGCACCUUAGCUGGUGUGACAACCCUCCUCAUCUGUCUGUUAGUGCCAACUCAAGGAAGGAAACUUCAUCACAAAUCGUCAUUUAAGCAUUCCCACCUAGAGAGAAUUCACGAUUCUGAUAAAUCAGAGCAUCAUUCGAAAGACAAAGAGUUAUUUAAUUUCGUAUCACAUCAUGACGAUAGAGAAGAGUGCCAUAAAGCUGCUUUACACAAAUGUGGCCAGACUUUCUUGAGAGCACACAAGUUGCUGUCUUACCUCGACGACGACAGAGUAGCUUUUAGAACGAAGUGCGGGGUCAGAACAGCAUUCUUCGACUGCUUGAAAACGACGAGAGAGAAAAUAUGUGAACGGCAGUACAAACACUACUACAAAUUCGAACCCGACUUCCGAAAGAAAUUGACCGAUACCUUGUGGGCGACACGUGUCUGCGUACUCGGUGUUAAAAGCUUCCGUUCCUUGUAAAAUUGCCAAAUUAAAUUAUCUUGUGUUGUAAUGGAGUUUUGUAUUUACUAUAUUACAAUUUAAAAGUGUCAAA